UUCCCAACUCUUUAUUAUUACAACCCUCAUUUUCCUCUAAACCUAAGUAACAAAAACCUAAGUAACAAAAUCCUCUUUUUGAAGUAAUAAACAUCAUUUUAUUUUAUCCAAAUUCCACCCCCACUUAAGACUUAGCCACUUGACCCAAAUAUCUUUUUUAUUAACCGGAUCAUCGAAGGUGGGUUCGAGCCGCCAUGACAAGACGGUGCUCCCAUUGCAGUCACAAUGGGCACAACUCUCGAACCUGUCCGAACCGUGGGGUCAAGUUAUUUGGGGUCCGGUUAACCGAUGGUUCAAUCAGAAAAAGUGCUAGUAUGGGUAAUCUUUCUCUUCAUCAAAACGGUGUCGUUGGUAAUACUUCUCCUGCCGCCGGUGAUCUUACUCCUGAUCACCUUAAUCCUGUUGCUGAUGGUUAUGCUUCCGAGGAUUUUGUCCCUGGUAGUUCUUCUAGCCGUGACCGUAAAAAAGGUUAAGCGACUCUUGAGUCGUCAGGCUACCAAGUCUAUUAGUGGUGUCCCCAAUUACGAUGACAUUCUCUUUCUUUCAACAGGUAUUCCAUGGACAGAGGAGGAACAUAGAAUGUUUUUGCUGGGACUGCAAAAGCUCGGGAAGGGUGAUUGGCGGGGAAUUUCACGUAAUUAUGUGAUAUCGAGGACACCAACCCAAGUAGCUAGCCAUGCUCAGAAGUAUUUUAUAAGGCAAUGCAAUGUGUCCAGACGGAAAAGACGCUCUAGCUUGUUUGACAUUGUAGCUGAUGAGGGGGGUGAUACACCAAUGGAAUCACAUGAUUUCCUCCCUGAGCAUCCGUCUGAUAUUCAAACACAAAAUAACAACCACCCUUUGCCUCCUGCUCCUAUCCUCGAUGAAGAAUGCGAGUCAAUGGCAUCUAGCAACUCAAAUUCCAAUGAAGCAGAACCGGUUUUAAUUAAGCCCGAACCCUCCCAGAGUAGCUCCAACCCAACCGAUACUUCACAAAACUAUUACCCUGUUGUAUAUCCUACUUAUGUUUCUCCUUUCUAUCCGUAUCCCGUCCCAUAUUGGACAGGGUACAAUCCCGAGCCAACCAAGGAGGCACAUGAGGUGGUUAAGCCCACUGCAGUACAUUCAAAGAGCCCAAUCAAUGUUGAUGAGCUCGUUGGCAUGUCGAAAUUGAGCCUAGGGGAAACCAUUGGCAGUGGGGAGCCCUCAAGUUUGUCACUGAAAUUGCUCGACGGUUCCUCUAGACAAUCUGCUUUUCAUGCCAAACCUGCCCCUAGUAGUUCGGAUAUGAAUUCGGCUGGCAGUAUAAUCCAUGCACUCUGAUUGUGAAAGAGAAGUGCUAUCUACAGAACAUGUUAGGUGAAGAACCACACAUAGGACGGUGGGAUCUACUCCGAAAUGAAAUUACAAAAUUAUCCCCCUCUCGGCCUCACCUCAUCCACAGAACAUAAACAGGUUAGUAUUGUUAGGUUUUAGUUGAGAGCUUGAGCUCGAGCUCUGUAGUUCUAAUGUCAAUAUAAGAAUGAUAUCUGUGCAGUUUGAGUUUUUGUUUUAGCAUAUGUUUUUGUUUAUGGGAUUAUGAUUAGGUAGGUGGUAUUUUCUGUCAAAAUCUAUUCUUUUCUAGGGUCUGGAAUUGUGUGUAAUGUACCUGGAUAUGCUAAAGCUGCUUUCUGAAAAUUAUGCUUCAAAAGACCAUUUUCAUUAGCAGUGCUAUAAAGAUCAAUAGUCUUUGUUA